UGCAGACUAAAAAUAGGAACACGUUGCCUGCAUGGAAUACAAACUGUUCCAUCUCACAGCUGUAAUUCACUUCAAACUAAAAAAAAAAGAAAAAGUUAAGGACACGACAAAAGACAAAAUGGAAUCAAAAUAACAAUAGCAACUAACCUCCUAAAGACAAUCUCACCAUGGAGACCCUGCUUUUCUAUUACCUCAUGUUGCAUUUGAGUUACCUGAACCCUGUCUGCUCAGAAAUGACUGAUGCCUGCAAGCUGUGUAACUGCAGUAGGGCGAGCCUCCUGUGUCCGUCUCCAGCUGUAUACAGUCCACUUGGACUAGAACUGUCAUUAUCCCAAUUCUCCUUUAAAGUUAUACCAUCUGAGGUAUUUCAGAAUUUUCACCUAGACAUCUUAAAAAUAGCAAUAUCCCAAAGUGAUUCACUGGAAAGGAUUUCUAAUCACGCAUUUUCCAAACUUCUAAACCUAACAGAAUUAACAAUCAGAAACACGAAAAAUCUGUUCCACAUUGGACACGGAGCCUUUGCAAAUUUACCAAACUUAAAAUAUUUGAGUAUUUGUAAUACAGGAAUUCGAAAAUUUCCAGAUGUCACAAAAAUCUUGUCGAUAGAAUUAAACUUAAUUCUGGAAAUCUAUGACAAUUUACAUAUAACUGCAAUACCUGCAAAUGCUUUCCAAGAAAUGAACAAUGAAUCGUUGACGCUGAAACUUUUCAGAAAUGGAUUUGAAGAAAUACAAAACUACGCAUUCAAUGGCACAAAGCUGGAUAAAUUGUUCCUUAAUGACAACAAAAAUCUACAACGUUUCCAUAAUGAUGCCUUAAAGGGAGCCACUGGACCAAAUAGUUUAGACAUCUCAUCAACAGCAUUAGAGCAUCUGCCUGUCCAUGGACUUGAAUACAUCCAAAUCUUGAAAGCAGAAAAAUCCUAUUAUCUGAAGAAAUUGCCGCCUCUGGACAAACUUGCCAGCUUGGUGGUAGCGCAGCUAACCUAUCCCAGUCACUGCUGUGCUUUUGCGAACAUGAGAUUAAAAGAGCUUAACUCCCCUCUUGCAUACUUCGGCAACUUAACAAACCAAUGUGAUAAUUCGCUAAGUAAGCAACAAAAUGACACAAAUUUGGAAAUGACAGUGGACUAUGAAUAUUUAUGUCCGCCAAGGACCCUCAGAUGCACACCAGAGCCUGAUGCCUUUAACCCUUGUGAAGAUAUCAUGGGCUAUGACUUUCUUCGAGUCCUAAUCUGGUUUAUUAGUAUACUUGCUAUUGCAGGAAAUGCUGUGGUUCUUGUUGUUCUGUUGACCAGUCGGUACAAACUCACAGUCCCACGCUUCCUGAUGUGUAACCUGUCUUUUGCAGAUUUUUCCAUGGGUAUCUAUCUACUGCUAAUAGCGUCGGUCGACACCAAGACUAAAAGUCAAUACUAUAACCAUGCUAUAGAUUGGCAAACAGGGAGUGGCUGCAGUGCAGCUGGUUUCUUCACGGUAUUUGCCAGUGAGCUUUCUGUGUAUACGUUGACUGUAAUAACUCUUGAGAGAUGGCAUACGAUAACCUAUGCAAUGCAACUUGAUCGUAAACUCCGGUUAAGACAUGCCAUCUUGAUCAUGCUAGGAGGCUGGAUAUUUUCGCUGCUAAUGGCUCUUCUCCCACUUGUUGGUGUAAGCAACUACAUUAAAGUCAGCAUAUGCCUGCCGAUGGACAUAGAAACACCUCUUUCGCAGGCAUACAUAAUCAUCAUCUUGGUGCUCAACGUCAUAGCCUUCAUUAUCAUAUGUGCCUGUUACAUUAAAAUCUACAUUGCUGUCCAAAACCCAGAGCUCGCACCAACCAACAAAGAUACCAAAAUAGCCAAGAAAAUGGCAGUUCUCAUCUUCACUGACUUCACCUGCAUGGCACCAAUAUCCUUCUUUGCCAUUUCUGCUGCUUUCAAAGUUCCACUCAUUACUGUGACCAAUUCCAAAAUAUUGCUGGUCUUGUUCUAUCCUGUGAAUUCCUGUGCCAAUCCGUUCCUAUAUGCAAUCUUUACCAAAGCUUUCCGAAGGGAUUUCUUUCUGCUUAUGAGCAAGUUUGGUUGUUGCAAGACUCAAGCAGAACUUUACAGAGUCAGCAACUUUACUGGCUAUACUUCCAACUGUAAGACUGACAGCUUAGAUACUGGACUAAAGACCUCCAGAGGUGAAUUGCAUCUUGCCACCUUUGAAUGCCAGUACUUGAAGACCACACACAAAGAAAGGAAAGCUGUUCCCAAAAACAUUGGAGUGUGAUAUGGUGUCAAGCAGUGAAGCUCUUUUUUAGUAUAUAUUUCAAGAUUUACGGGGGCAUUUAUCAUUGUUGUUUAGGUAAGUGAGUUCUUUAGUUAUCUUUUUUCUUGCUUUGGUUUUGCUUAUGUAU